CGUCUUCUUGACAUUAACCCGUCUUGGGAAUGUCCACAUUGUAUACAAGGCAAUAUAUAAGGGCACUCCGCCACAGGUUGUGGAGGUGAUAACUGCGACGAAUUGCAGGUAGUAUUCUGCUGCUGCUGCUUCUGCUGCGCCUUCAUUGAGGGCACGUGAAAAGAUGUUCAGUAGCAUUUGGGUUGUACGUCUGAUGGUGGUGCCUCUGGCGGUGAUGCUACCCACAACCAGGACUAUAAGAGACGUAGGUCUCCGUGCUGGGCUACCAGUGUGGCAAGCCAAGGUGGUCAAUGAGACCCAGGGAGAACGAGAGGAACACGCUUCCGUCACCGUCCUCAGGAGUCCGAUACUGGUAGAGCUGGAAGAGGAGCGGCCACUUGUGAGGGACCCCACAUUGUCCAGGUUGGAGGAGGCUGUAACGCUGCGAGUGGCGGUGGAGGAGUGGGUACCUCACAUAGGCGUGAGAGAGGAGAGUCCAGGGAACGUCAUUAUCAGUGGACCUAUGGCCAACCUCCUCCAGUCUCUGGCCCACACUCUCAACUUCAGAUACACUUUGGUGCGGCCUCCCGACGGAGCCUGGGGUAUUCCUACGUCAGGAGGAGACUGGAGCGGCAUGAUCGGCAUGGUAAAAAGGAACGAGGCUGACUUAGCCCUGGGUCCCUUCGGGUUGACGUACUCGAGGUCACGGGUCGUCGACUUCUCCUCGCCCAUCCUUAUAGACUACUACCGUAUCUUGGUCCAACGGCCCCGUGCAGAACCCAAUCCUCUUGGCUUCCUCGGACCUUUCAGGUCGUCAGUGUGGGGAGGGCUGGUCGCGUGUGUGGGCGUGGUGGGGGCGACUCUCUACUGCGUCAGUCUGGCUUACCAUCAUCUGGGUAACGACGCGGAGAAAUCAGGUGCGGGAUAUCAUCUGCUUAUGUCUCACUUGUGGACAGUAUACAGCGCCCUUCUAGGUGAACCAUACACGUGGGUGGUGCAGCGAGGUGGUGAGCGUGUGGUGGUGGUGACAUGGUGCAUGGUGUCUCUGAUUGUAGCUAGGUCCUACAGCUCAGCCCUUACUUCGCUUCUCGCCGUCAGGACGGUUCCCGCCAAGUACAACUCCCUCAAGGAGGUCGUCGAAGACAACAAGCUCAACCUAAUCUUCGAGAAGGCCACCGCCCUCGUCGAACACAUGUCGACGGUACAGCAAGGGAUUUAUAAGGACCUGGCCGACACCCGCCUGACGGGCCGGGCGCACUUUCUGCCAGCGUCGCAGCUGUACAGCGCAGCAUACAAUGAAGUUCGUAACAAGCGCUAUGCUCUCCUGGUGGAGGACACCACCUGCAGGAAGGUCUACUCUGAUGACUUCACCAAGUACGGACGCUGUGACUUCUACAUUGGCAAGGAACAAUACUGGCCACUCAUUUUCGGUAUGAUCGGUCGGAAGGGAUCCCAACUUAUGCCUAAAAUCAACGCAGGAAUUGAGCGUCUGGUGUCUCAGGACCUAUACUUCAAGUGGCUAGGAGAUGAGCUGCCCAAUGCCACGGCCUGCCUAAAGGCCACCAAUCGUGUCACUGUCAACGAGGCUUACCGUCUAAUAGGCCUAUGGGGAGUAUUUGUAGUAUUAGUUGGAGGAAUGCUGGUGGCUGCUGGUGCACUCUUGUGUGAGCUGCUUAUGAUCAGGCUCUGACAAUGGAUACAAAGGUGUAUUGCUCAAAAUAGAGACAGGUGCAGAGAAAGUUUUGGAGGCAGUCAAGUUCAAUCCAUGGGAUGAAAGGAAGUCAAAUUCCUUGGAUGAAGAGCCCCACAUGGCAUCUAGGGCACCGGUUUUGGGGGUUCAUUACAAUAAAACCUUGCUCUACACCUGUCAUUUCUCCAUCUCUGACCACACUACAGGCUGCUGUUAGUAAGCUUCUUAACUAGUUUGAUGCUUUUUACCAGCAAUAAAAAUGCCUUAUCAUUGAAAGGUUGGAUUAUAAUCAUGCUUACAUUAAUUGGUGAAAGUGCUAAACCUGUAGGUGUCAUACACUGCCUUGGAAUUCUGGUUUCUUCUGAGGAAGGCUGGGUAGCUCAAAUGCCUUCCAUGUUGAAGGCUAG